AUGACUAUAACUUUCUCGGAUCUGACGAGCAAAUACAAUAAGUACCAGGAAUAUGUCGCGCGGCCAUUGUUCGUCGUUCUCCUCGACACCAAGGAGUCCAUGGACGAGUUUGCCAAAACCACAAGAAGCAUAAAGCCCAUCUCCUUCCCCAUUUGGUUUGUCGUGUUUCUUCAGUGUCCUGGGAACCCUCUCGAGGAACACUGUACGCACCCUACCAAUAACGUAUUCAAUGUGGAUGUCAGCACCCAGAUGCUGGUCUUGUGCUACGAUCGCCUGACCCUGGUCGAGUGGUACGCUAUACGCGAUAAUCGCACCAGAACGUUCGAUCUGGCCACGUGGUCCCCCGAUAGAGGUCUGAUCUUGAAGACACAAAAGAGCAUCUAUGCCAGGAGGAGCGAUAUGUUCGGCGAAGUUGUACGCGUGGCAUCCGUGGAAAAUUCGCCGCUACUCUCACUGGAGAAUGGUAAGUUCGGCGGGUUUGUGGGUCUGGUCCUACUAGAGCUCUGUAAAGCGAUGAACUUCACGGUGAAGAUUCUGGAUCCAGUGGAAGGAUUCGGUACCUGGAGCGAGCAGCAGAAGAUUUGGACAGGUGCGAUCGGUCAGUUGGUGGCCAAUGAAGCCGACAUCGGUGUUUCUACGUUCACAAUGACGCCUCCCAGACGAGAAGUCAUCGACUAUACGAUACCAUUAGUACGCUCACGAUAUCGCCUCUAUUUUAAGGAACCCAACGUGUCUAACGUGCAUUGGGAUUUAUACUUGAAGGCAUUCAGCUCAGAAAUGUGGGUAGCAUUAAUAAUGUUAAUAAUAGUCGCUUCUUUUCUGUUGACUAUUAUGAAAAUAAAAAAUGGAUAUUUCUCGAUGGACUUAAUGUCCGAAAACUAUAUUAAGGUUUGGGGAAUUUAUUGCCAACAGAGUCUGCCAGAAUUUCCCAGAAGUUCACCAAUAAGGCUGGCUUUUUUUUCGAUUUACAUCUCGUCGAUGAUAAUUUUGGCCAUCUAUUCCGCCUCGUUGAUCAGCUUUCUGGCGCUCAAUUUCCCCACACUGCCUUUUCCCACUCUUGAGGAGUUCGUUAAUGACGGAACUUACAAAUUAAUCGUUGUGCAAAAUAGCGCCGAGAUCGAGGCUCCUAGUCGUGUCAAAGACCCAGUAUUUCGGAAAAUGUAUGAAUUGCUGGUGGAUAAGAAGUUUUUACCGGCAACACUGACAGACGGGUUCACGCAAAUCUGCCAGCGGAAGAACUUGGCAUUUUACACGACGGAGGUUCUCAAAGAGACCAUGAAAAUACAAUGUAAGAUCGUAUACAUUGAUACCGGGAGAAUUCAAAAUAUGGGGCUAACGCUAUCAAAAGGAAAUCCUUACACUGGCUUUAUAAAUUAUCACUUGCACCGAUUGCAGUUUAAUGGCGUAAUGAAGAAGUUGCGGAGCAAGUAUCUUGCAAAAAAUCCUUCAAACAAGAUGAUUUUCAGUAUAAUUGAUAUAAGCAAUGUAACGCCGAUUCUGACGAUAAUGGCGGGCAGCAUGAUUCUAUCACUACUUGUAUUGAUAAUCGAGAGAAUAAUGUUUCUGAAAUGUUUGUCGCUGCGCAUGGCGUACUUCACGAUAUUUCUAACGGCGGUGCUGAUAACGGCAACCUAUUCAGCGACUGGUUUACUUUCUGAUGGCAUCCUGUCCUUUCAAACGAUACACGAAUUCGUCGAGGACGAUACUUAUAAGUUGAACGUUCGACGCGGCAGCACCGACUACGACGUAGUCUCCGAAGAGAAGAAAGAUUGCUUAUAUGGUGCUAAGCGCUCUGAAGAGAAGCGUAGAAAUAAAGAUACCUCACAAACUGUCGAGCAUCAGCACCUAGAGGAUAUAGACAACUUAAAGAUGAUCCCAUCUAAGCCCCUACAUGGGUUUAAUGAAUCAUCAGAAAUUCUAGACAACAUAUGA